UUGCUGGGAUAGGCCGGAGUCGGCACACACAGAGAGUGUGCGUGUUUGCAAGGGGUGAAAGUUUUUCCGGUGGAGCGGACGUGAUAUCCCUCAGAAACGGAUUAUUCAAAACCGCUUCAUGAGGCGAUCUUUUUGCCGUCAUUUUGUCGCAGAGGAGCAGUAAUACCUUAGGAGAGAGGCUGCAACUUGAGACAGCAGAAUGUCAGAGCUGGACUCUGAGACAUACCUCCAGUUUCUACUGGACCUGACCAACCUCAUCACAGCAGACGACUUAGAGCAGUUCAAGAUGGCCUGUAAGGAUGACAUACCGGAGGAAAAAGUGCCAGAACUGAAGACCCCUCGGGACUGGUUCAUGUUCCUGGAGAAGAUUGAGAAGCUGGCUCAAGAUGAUCUGUCGUACAUCGAGCAUGUCUUCGAGAUCACGAGGCGACCAGACCUGCUGACCAAGAUCCUGGAGUACCGAACACAAGUCCUGAAAAUCUCAGACGACGAGGAGCUAGACUCCAAACUCACUCGAGUACCAAGUGCCAAGAAAUACAAAGAUCUGAUAUCCAAGGAUCACCUGGGGGUAUUAGAGGAUGGCAGCAUCAAAUUGGACCCACCUCCCUCCAAGAAAGGACCAUAAUGAGGCUGGAAGUCUUGUCAAUGUGACUGACUUUUGGAACCACUGCAAUCAAGACACUGUCUGAUGCCUAUUACACAGAUGGAUGUUGACAAGAGCUGGCUUCUUCUUGUAGGAAUCGCCAUGGGUUUCUUAGAUCCUCUUCUCAUUAACGUUCCCAUAAGACAAGGCAACAAUUUGUACCCACCUGCAGCUCAGUUUACAGAAAAUCUUCGAAACCUGCAAUUAUGGAUGCUUUCUAUAACCUCUGUCUGCUGGGUUACAUAUAUAUCUGCCACCUUGAAAAACAUUGUAUUUAGCCUAGUAGGAAAUCUCUAUUGCAGCAACACCCAGGUAUGGACAGAUUAGAUAUGCAGGACUGCAUUAUACUGAAGGAUGUUGUAUUGGAAAUCUCAUUUUUUUCAGGGUGGCGGAUAUAUGUGACCUAGUAGAUGUUUCAUGCAGCCCAGGCUCAAUGUUUUGUGAUAAAUCACUACUCACACUCACUAUCAGGUACUGAAAUUCCUGUGUGGCCGUAUGAAUUCACUUACAGUGUAAUUACCUUCAGGCUUCAGCUAGAGAGGAGUUGGUUCUGUCUUGCCAAUUUUGUGCCUGCUAGACAAGUGUAACUGUGUCCUGGAAAACUGCACAAUUUACUUAAUUCUAUUGGCUUAGGUCUGUGAGUGUGUGUUUGCAAUAUAUACAAUGCAGCAUUGCCCUACACUGUCAGAGCUGCUAUGUCUGUUUGUAACUGGAAGAGAGGCAAAGCAGUGAGGGUAAGAGGAUGAAGUCUGCCAUCUCUGAUUGCCUUGUUGUAUGUGAGUAGGUGUCACAUCAAGUAUUUUAGUUGACACUCAGUUUUUAAUUGCAGAUGUGGGUUGAAGUAAUGCAAGACUGUGUAUAAUUAUGAUCUUGAUCAACUUCACUGUUAAAAUUGUUUGAUUGUAUUUAAAAAAACACAAUAUGAAAAUAUUAUAAAUUUUAAUAUUAGGUGGGAGUGUCACAAGUGUGGCAGUGGUAACAUUGGUGAAGUUGUGAUGUGAUUAUGCAGCAAAUUACUGUAAAUGUUAGAUGAUGAGUGAGAUUGAGUGAGAAUAAAGUACACGUACUACAUAACUUAGUAUCAUAAGCUUCCUGAUGUUUAACCUUUGAGAACCUUGAGCACUUGUGGUCAGGCUAGUCUAAUGACAUUUGAAUGACUGUUUUAGUAUAUGCUAAGUCUAGGUCUAGUCUUGGCAAGGUAUUUGCAGAGUAGUUCACUAAAUGGUAAGUGUAUGUAGUACAGUGCUACCCAUUACCAGUAUUGUCUGAUUUACAAAUGUCAUCUAUCUUACAAAUGUGUGGACAGGGCCAAAUGUUUAAGACAUGGGAAGAAAGAUCAGAACUAAUAUCACAUUUUUAAUGACUGCAAAGUCACCUGCAUAUGGGAAAAUGAACUGACAUGAAUGACUAUCAGACUACAUGUGAUUUUGACAACUCAAGAAAAGCAAAGUAUUUUAGACAUUACCCUAUAAAGGGAAAAGAUCUGUUUCUAUGAAUGAUUGUAAUAGGCUGUGUGACAGUGAUUAUCAUUGUUUUAUGAUAAGCACGUUACAUGUAAAUUCUACAUGUCAGCCAAAAGCAAAUUGUAUAUUUUGACAAUGAAAAUCUAACAUGGAGAUGAAAUAUGUGGAUAAUUUGUAUGAUUAUUAAGAGAUGAUAAGAAAUGCUGAUAUUUCAAGGGCUGACACAUCCAGAUAUAGAAGCAAGUGGAAUUUUUAUCAACGAAGAAAGAGCUUAGGUGCAAAUUUGUAAUGUAGAGGUGAUAACUGAUGGUAGUAUGGAGCUGAUAAACGAUGGAAGUAUAUAGCUGAUAACUGAUAGUAGUAUAGAGUAGGUAACUAAUGGUAGUAUAGAGUAGAUCACUGAUGGUAGUAUAGAGCUGAUAACUGAUGGUAGUAUAGAGCUGAUAACUGAUGAUAGUAUAGAGCUGAUAACUGAUGGUAGUAUAGAGCUGAUAACUGAUGGUAGUAUAGAGCUGAUAACUGAUGGUAGUAUAGAGCUGAUAACUGAUGGUAGUGUAGAGCUGAUAACUGAUGGUAGUAUAGAGCUGAUAACUGAUGGUAGUAUAGUGCUGACAAUUGAUUGUAGUAUAGAGCUGAUAACUGCUGGUUAUAGAAUUGACGUUAUUGUGAAGAUGAUAACUGAUAGUGUGUAGAAUCGGUAACUUAUGGUAGUAUAAACCUGAAGACAACUGAUGUGUUUUUCUUCAGCUCCUUUUGUCUUUCUUGUGGAGCUGAUCUUGUAAUAGCUAGUGAUGUAGAAAUGAUGAUACUAGUAACCUAUGGCUUGAUAAUGGUUGUGUACAUGUAGAUUUGAUGAAUAUCACACCCUAACAUCAUUGUGCACCAUGAUGAUAAUACAUUAGUAUCAGAAUUACAUAAUUUCCACUUUGAACAAAUAUAACCGUUACCAACUGUAAGAAUUCAAAAAGCCAAGAAGACAACAGUUGUUAGAAGGACUGGUAGUGUGAGAAGGUGAGCUUGUUUUGCAAUUUUAUCUGACGAGAAUGUUUAAUUUCUGUCUGGUCAACUGUUAGAUUAAAGGAGAUAUAUUUGAGUAAGAUUCAGGCAGAGGCCAGAUUGGAAGAGUAGCAAUGAAGGAAGGUGACAGAGAUAUAUGCACUAGAAGAAGUGAUGGUAGAAGCCAGUGAUUGUGUCAGGCAUUUUGGAGCAAUGUGUAGAGUUUGAAGUGUAUGGUAGAGGUAGACUAUGGCAGUGGAGUGGUCUGUAGAGAUGUACUCAGUCUAGUACUUUCUACCAAUAGAUGAAAUGUACCAACAGAAGGCUAUGUCAUGUUGUGAUUUUUCAACCUCUUCUGCGCCUUAACAUGUACAUGUCAGACCUUAAUGGGUACAUUGCACUUAACACCUAACACUUAAAGCACUUAAGGUAAGUUGGGAAACAGGUGACAUUUUUCAAUAGAUACUAAGUUUAGGAAGUAAACAAAUGCAUCAACUCUGAAGCAGGCACAUGAAGUAGUAUAGGGUUGAAAGGUAGCAGCAGGCUAGCAUUUUUUGUUGGAAACAUUGGAAGAGGGAUUGAUGAUUUUUGUCAAUGAUGGGCAUCUGAAAGUUGUUGAGCCCCCUAGAAAUGUUAGUAUUAUGCAAAUGCUUUGUUUUUCAACAUACAGUAGUCUCCCUAUGUGUUAUCAGUAGAGCUCCGUACUUUAGUCCUCCAAGUAGGCGCUAACGUUAUCAUUGGCAUCAUCAUCUGUGGUAUAGAGCUGACCAGCCAUCAGUGUUUUCAUGUUUUGGAAUGGGUGAAGUCCAUGAGGGACAAGUUGGAACCCAGUCACGAAUUGUUGCCAUUGCCUCCACACAGGUGUCUGCAGGAGCAGUGUCAGGUGUUGAAAGAUACACAAAUGUAUGUUAUACUUUCAUGUCAUAAAGAGCAAUCAAUAAAUGCACUGCUAGAUCAU